CCGUACACAGUCCUCUGCUGCUACAAAACGCCUCUACCUUCUUUUCCCUGCUUCCUUGUUCUGAUCUCGCUCGGCAUUUCUUUACAUUUUACUUUACAUCGAAGUUUGAGGUUAGGGCACGACCAUCGUGGGCACGUGAAACAACACAAAACAUGCGUAUAGAAACGUGUUAUUUUUGUUCCUCCCGAAUAUAUCCGGGGCAUGGAAUCCAGUUUGUGAGAAAUGAUUGCAAAAUUUUCAAAUUCUGCCGAUCUAAAUGUCAUGCUGCGUUCAAAAAGAAGAAGAAUCCAAGGAAAGCAAAAUGGACAAAAGCAUACAGAAAGACAGUGGGCAAAGAAUUGGCGGUGGAUCCUUCCUUCGAAUUUGAGAAAAGAAGGAAUAUCCCAGUAAAAUAUAACCGUGAAUUAUGGUCCAAAACAGUUGAAGCGAUGAAGAAGGUCGAAUUGAUUAGGCAGAGGCGACAAAACACACACAUAAUGCAGAGGUUAAGGAAGGGACGAGAGCUGGAACAAGAUAGGAAUGUCAAGGAAGUCCAAAGGGAUCUGGCGCUCAUCAGGUCACCAGCGGCGGGUCUCAAGAAAGCCAAGAAACAAGAAGACUCUAUUGAAGAUGAUGAGAAAGAGGAAGCUUCCGACGAAGAUAUGGAGACCGAAGAAGUAGCCAUAACAAAUUAAUUAUUUGAGUUAAGUACUUUCGCUCGUUUUUCAAUUAUUCCAUUAUAAAUAAUUGAAUUAUGAAAUAAAUUUUGAAGACUAUUUUAUAAUUAUAGAAAAAAAUGUAAAUAUGCCACUUCUUUCUCGAUAAAUGUGUCUUCGUUUGGUCGAUUAUACAAUGAAACUUUGCCGCUUUUUCCCCUAAACUUUAAUCUUCCGAUUUUAAACCAAAAUGUAAAUUUAGUAUAUGCUUACACAAAAUACAUUGAAUGUUAUUCUCCCAAGUA